AUGCUUCCAGUCCUCUUACCCGCUCACCUGCUCUUUCCACUCUCCCGCUCUCCGCUCUCCCGCUCACGGUGUGUGGUGGUCGCAGGCAAGUCGGAGUCGCUGGACGACAAGUCGCACAUCGAGGUGCCGGACGACAACCACGGGCUCUACAGCUGCGACAUCCUCGACCCCGACGUCUCGGUACCGUUGGACGUGGUGUGCUACUACCACCACACCAUCGUCGAGAUGCGCAAGUGGGGCUUUAAGGACGGCGAGACGCUCUUCGGCUUCGGCUACGACUUCCGCCAAAGCAACCGGCUGCCGGAGACGUUGGACCGGCUGCGCGCGCGGCUGGAGGCGAUAGUGGCGGCGAGCGGGCGGCGCGUGGACGUGGUGACGCACAGCAUGGGCGGGCUGCUCUUCAAGUCGUUCGUCGCGCUUCACCCCGCCGACGCCAAGCGCCUCGUGCGCAAGUGGGUCUCCAUCGCCGCGCCCUUCCGAGCUGGCAGGCGCGCCGGGGUUCAUAAUGGACACGCUGCUGACGGGGGUGGAGUUCCUCAAGGGCUCCCUCUCCCCCCCCCGCUCCCCUCCCCCGCGUGUGUGGCAGGCGCGCCGGGGUUCAUAAUGGACACGCUGCUGACGGGGGUGGAGUUCCUCAAGGGCUGGCAGAAGUCGCUCUUCAUCUCCAAGUGGACCAUGCACCAACUCGUACGCCGCUCCCAAUCCCACUCCUCUCCCUCCCGUUUCCCUCCCCCCCCUUUCCCCCCCAACCACCCCGCUUCCCUCCCCAACCCCACCACCUUCCCCCCACAACCCCCCGCUUGCUCGUGCUCUUUAUAA